GAGCCCCGGCCCCCGCCGCCCCGCUUCGCCCGCGGAGCGCUGGAGCAGAGCGGCAGCCCCGGCCCCUAGCGGCGCUUCUCCCGGGGAGGUCGGCAGCCCCGUGGGGAAACAACCCUCACCCUCCCCGCGGGUGCUGGGGGGCCUGGGUCCCUGCCGGCCGCCCCUAAGCCCGCCUCCCGCAUCGCCGCUCGGGACGGCGGGGUUUCGCGGCAGCACACCGGCAGCGGGGUCCCCCGGGAUCUGGGCCCCCCAGCGGCACCCGAAGCUCCGUAUCUCCUCUCCCGGGUUCUCCUUGGGGCGCAGCAGCCCUGCUCCAGCGUUGGGACGGCUGUACGGCAGAGAAGCCACAUACGCCCCAUCCGCAACCCUGUACCAUCCCGCUCCAUCCUCACCCCCAGCCAGAAAUCUCCCACCUUUCCAAUCCCACUCUGUUUUCCCCGCAUCGCACCUCGUGCCCCGCUCCUUCCCCAUGUGCUCUCCGUAGAUCCGGCCUAACCCCGUCCCCUUGCAGGGUGUCAACAGCUGGGCAGUGGGGCUCCCACCUCCCGGGACCGCAUUGGAGCUGAGCUGCUUGUAUUCCAUGCAGUGGGGCACCAGGCAGUCCCCGGCCCUGUGAUGCUCCUCCAGGCAUGUUCCAGAGGGGAUUUCAGGAGCUCCGAGGGGCGUCCAGACAGGACAGGACCCCCACCCCAUGAGCGGCCCCACGCAGGGACGCGCUGCUGGCUGCCUGCACCGCCAUGCUGCGGGGAGAUAUUUUUGAGCUGUGUAGGAACUUGGAACCCACACAUAACUUUUGGUUUCUCCGGUAACUUUAACACGUCCAUAUGGAUUUAAACCGAAGCGAAGUUAAAAAUAAACCCCAGGCUCUCCCAGGCUGAGACCUUUCAGGGCCGGGCUUUGCCUCCGAGCACAGCGGGCAGCACAGACCCAGGGACGGGGUCACUGGGAGCCCCUGCAGCAGCCGGCCCAUGUCCCAGCACGGCCACUGCCUGCCGGUUCCCCCAGGAACGUGGGGCUGCAGCAAAGUCCUGCUGGCAGCGUGGCCUUUGUGUCCCCCGACCCAUCGAGGGGACCCACAUUCGGUAGCUCAGUUUGGGGAUAAGCACCCUGCUGCAGCGCGGCCUGGGAAUAUCCACAGUGUGAGAUGUGACCUGAGGUUGUCUGAUGUCAGGCGAUGCGAUGUCUCCAGUGAUAGUCCCUCGGUUGUUCUCCAUCACCCCUCAACAGGGGGGAGGGAGGCGAGGACCUGAUCCGCAAGCACAGGAGUGCUGAGAGAGGAGGGGGCCGCACGUGGCCAUGGGUGUGACACGGGCAGCACUGGGCUAAGGGGAGAAUGCCACCAGGAAAUUAAAAGGGUCCAUUUCGGGGAUAGGGAGAUGACGCUAGCGAGAAAUAAAAGCCGUCCAUAAAUUACACGAUGCCUCCAGCCCGCUAAUGACACGGGUGAUUAGUGAGGGUGCAGCCCAUGUCCAGAAACAUGGCCCUCAGCGUGGGAGAAGCAGGACCCGAGUGCCGCUCUGCCCUCAGGAAUGGAGGUACGGGGCCCUGCAGCACGGGGUGUCCUGGGGGAGCAGGGACAGUGGUCUCACGUCACCAAUGGGACCAGCGGGCACCGGCAUGGGACCGACAUAGGGCUGCCUGCAGCAGGUCAGACCGCCCGGCUGCUGUUUGUAGGGGUGAGGGGUUUGCCUUUAGGGGCGAGGAUUUGCUUUUAGGGCAGUCGCUUUCCCCCUGCUUUCUCCCUCCCGUUGCAUUGCAGGGCCCCGAGUGAAUUCUUUGCUCCACCCCAAAGGCAGCCGCAGUGUUAGCAGGGGGUGAACGACUGCUAUAGAGACCAUCAGCACAGCUUUGGGGUCCUUCUGCUUCUCCCACAACUCUUCUUGCAGCCCCCCACGAGAUGAGAUCCCCAACAGCAGUGUGCAGGGCCAUGCAGCCGUAGGACAGAGCAGGGUGCUGCGUGCUGUGCUCCGGGGUGCAUCACAGGGAUGGGGACAGUGACAGCACAGCUGUGUACAGCUCCCUGCCUGCCACGUGCCAGCACACAGACACCCUGGGGCGCACAGCCCCCUCCCCAGCACCCUGCCUGAGGAGCUCCCAGCCUGCUGCCCGCCCUCCGCUCCCCCCACUGCCUCUGCCACUCUGCAAGCCCACCCCGCUCCGCUUGCCCUGCCCGGCGGUGAGGCGGGGCUGGAAGCUGGGCUGUCCCAACCCCCCCCGUGGGAAAUCCCUGCUUGGGGUGGGGUGCGGUGUGGAGAAGGCCCCCAGUGGGGAGUGGGGUCCCGGGGGGUCCCUCUGCGCCGACGCGCCCACCCUCGGCGGAUGCUGCACCUUCGCGGGGCGAUGGAUGGGAGCGUUGCCUGACUGCCUCGUCUGUCUGCUGCCUCCCUCCCUCUGUCUGCUCCUCGCCUCAGCCCUUUGCUGUCCUGGCUUGUUUGCUGCUCUGUAGGGCCAAGCGAUGGGGCUGCGAUGCCGCGGUCGGGGAAGGGGGUGCCGCGGGCUGGGAUUUGCAGGUCGGGGCCGUGGGGAUGGAGGCGCGGGACGUCUGGGCACCGAAUUGGUUCGCUCCGUCAGAUUUCUGCAGGCGCCAAUGCGUUAGUGAUGGCUCGGCGCAACUUCGGCCAAGGCGCACGGAUCCUGCUGCACAUGGCUGGGGACGCACGUGAGGGGAGUCUGCUCCUGGAGCACCGCACCCCUGGUUUGGGACAAUGGGGCCGUGCUGGGACCGUGCAGGGCACAGCCUUUGCCCUACGGGUCGGGCGCCGGGAGCCCAGGAGCCCCAAGGCCGCAUUAAUGGAGCUGCCCCCUCCCUUGCUGGCUCGGCUCAUUAGUGGUGUUUUCAUUAGGAGAAGUGGUUUGGUUUCAUUUAAGCCAAAUUGCUGUGCUCGGGAGAUGACAAAUCCAUCUGCCGGCAAAUCGCUCUCCUGCCGCCGGCGUGGAUCCCGGCCCCGGGCAAUCAUCGCGCUGCAGACGAACGAGCCCCAGCGGGACGGAGCUCCGCUGUGCUGGGGCAGUGUGGGCGGGCUGCUGCUCCAGAGCCCCGCUGUGGGGCUCCGAUGUGGGGCGGGGGUCGGAAUCCCUCCCCUGGCUAGCGGGAUCAGGAGGAUGAGCGAGGGGAGGGACUCGAAUCCCGGCCCGUCUGGGUAAUUGCUUCUUCCUAGAUUGGGUUUUAAAAAACGGCAUAGCUUACAGACAGCCCCAAAUGGGUUUAGAGGCGGUAAUCCCCCAGCCCUGCCUCCCGCCUGCUGGUGCCGGCAUCUCCCUCAGGGUCUCCUUUCUGUUUCCCUCCUGGCGCAGCAGCACAGGUGCUGACCUGAGCAUCUCCCCGGCCCUGACUCACUCUCGGCUCCAGAAAUCCUUCAUGUCACUUCCCCCUUUGCCGCAAAGUCAUUAAUGCGCGUGGAAUAAUUUGUUGCGUAACUCGGAGGAUGAGGGCGAUGCCCGCACGCUGGGGUCGGGAGGGGCUCGGGCAGCGACGCUCUCCACUCCCAACGGGUUCUCCCCAUCUCUUGGAGCCCAGCAGGGCGCCGUGGAGGGGACUGUCUCUUCCUCGGGGUCUGCUGCUCCAGAAGGGGCUGCGUGGGGCCGCAGGCCUGCAGCAUCCUUGUGUUGGCUGAGGCACGACUAUGGGGUCCGGGCCUCGCUGCCCCCACAGCCACUGCCUGGCACCGGCAUCCUCCUGCCCCGACCCUUGGCCAGGCACUGGUGUAGAAGCUGCAAUCAGACAGGGGGAACCUAAGAGCGUUGGGCAGGAUUUAGCAAUGGGAAGGGACACGGCCAGGGCUGGGGGCUGCACAGGGGAUGGCGUCAUCCCACCGUGGCUCAGCAAGUCCCAUCGAUGGCAGUGGUGGUACCCGGUGCUGAGCCCUACAGGGAUGGAGCGGAGGGCGAUGGUGCUUCAUACUGAGAGCAGCCCAUGGAAACCCCAACUGCUGCCCUGGAAGCGCGGGGACCCCAAGCUGCCGUGCCCUUCCCUCGGUGCUGCUUGCUUUCCCAGCCCACCCUGCCGUAAUCACAGCCCACUGCCACGCUCUGAUAAUACCGCUUCCCUUUUAUCACUGCUUAAUUAAAUAACUGUGGGGAAGUGAGGGGCUGUUAACCCCUUGCUGGCCAGGUACAGCUGGGAGGUACAUCAAAGCCUGGGGUCAUCUCAUCUGGGCUCAUUGGUGCCCCCCCCCCCCAGCACAGCAUGGCGUUUGGAGGCAAUUAACACCCACCUCUCACUCCAUGGGAAACUCGACGAGCCGUCCCCAGGGUCCAGGCAGCGGUGCUACAAAUCUGCUGCCAAUUAGACCCGAAAGUCCUCCCAUGAGCUUGGACGCGGGGGUGACACUUGAUUAUUCCUGAUUAUUUCUGAUUAUUUUGUAUUUAUUUCUGAGGGCUUGCAGCGGGAGGCUGCACUCACCCUGAGUAACUGCAGGUACAUUUCUUUCCUACUGGGGUCUCCUGGGGGCUCAGUUCUGCAGGUCUGGGAGCUUCUGACCCCCCUCCUGGGUCAGAAAUGGUUCUCCAAGGGGCUCCUGGAGAGCACCCGCCCCUCCAGUGGAACAGACAAACACAGAAAUGGUAGCACGGCUCCUGAAACCGCCCAAAAUAGCUUUCCUGUCCCCAAAAUGUCACUUUACAAAGGCAGGCUCUGGGGGCCCCUGUGGGGCUUGUGGCAGGCUGAGCGUGUGACCUGGUGGCCCUCCUCGUAGCCCUCCCGGUGGCCCUGCUGGUGGCCUUGCUGGUGGCCCUCCCAGUGGCCCUCCCUGGUGGCAUGCAGCUGGUGGGCAUCCAAGGAGCAAAAGGCUGCUGUCCCCACUGCUGCUGCUCUGGGGCGAGGAGAUGCCCCUCUGUGAGCUGUGCUCUGCAGAUGGCAAUGUCCCUGCACACAGCUGUGCUACUCGGAGGGUCUUGGGGUGCAUCCCUCCGGUGCGUGCCCACCCCAUCCCCUCCUCCCUGGUGCCAUGCAUUAUUCACGCCCGCGUGGUGCCAACGGGGCUGACGUGCUGCCGAGCACAGAGAGCUUUUCUGUGUAAAUCCCUGAAAUAUUUAGCAGAACUGACUUAAAAACAUAGCCUGGGAAGGGCUGGUGCCUCGGUAUAACCUGGAGGCUGGAGGCCAGGGCGGAGGCAGCUCAGCUCCCAGAGACUUGGGGUUGUGGCAUGUUGCAGCUGCAGCCUGUGGGUACCAGGGUGCCUGCCCCACUCUGAGCCUUCCUCCCACCCCACGGCAUCCCCAGCUCCAAGGCGGGCAGGUGGGGCACUGGGUGCUGGCAGUGGCCCUGUGCGGUGUGGCUGGGCUGUGUGCUUUUCUCUCCGAGCACCCGCAGAGCCCUCGGGUCUGGGGCUUCACUGUGACAGCGCAUCCCAUGUCAGAUCGGCUGCGAAUCCUGCCUGCUAAUAGCUAUGCAAAUUACCUCAUUAGCUGCCUUAUUUAUUUUCUCCGGCAUCAUCUUUUUGGCACUUCUCCGGGCCCUGGAGGCUGCGGGUGCCCAGGCUGGGAGCAGGGCUGGCCGCGAUGAUGACAGCACGAUGCUGCUGGGAACCAGGGGCUCGCAGGGCCCAGGUUAUCACCUCUUUGUCCCUUGUCCCCAUUUUGGGGUGAGCCUUGCUGUCCCCUCUCCUGCAGGGCUGUCCCCGACCCUUCAGCCAGAGGAGCGUGGUGGCCACGUGUGGCUUUCGCCAUCCCUGCAUGUCUUUGCACCCAUUGCCUUGCCCACGUUCAUGCUCCGACACAACUGUACGUGUCCCCCACUGCCCCCUGUGCCACCAGCCGUCUGAAUGAGCCAUGUCCCCAGCUCACCUCCCCGUGGCUGUACUGCUGCUGAGCUGCACGGGGGCUCCUCUUAGCGUCAGGCGGCAGCAGUGGCACGGUGACACGGCUCGGCGCUUGGCGCUGCGCGGGGCUUGGCACUACACGGGUGUCACCGGGAUCAGGACCCAGGUGACAAAUGUCCAGCAGGAAAACCUGUAUCAGGAGGGGAUGAGCAUCCCUGUUUUGCGGCUGCAUUUCUAAUUCUGCAGAACCGUGCUUGCCUGGCCGGGGCCGCGGUGAUCUGGUGCUGGCAUCUCCUGCCGGCCCUGCGAUGGGGCGGCUUUGGGGCCCGGUAGGGACUCGCUCCCAGCAGUGGGGUUGAAUCUGCCAACCUCGCUGCUGUCGUGUGGGCUCUGGCACCCUCCUGUGGCUGUUUGUCACCUCUCUGCUGUCCCACGGGCUCCGUGGCUGUGUUUCAAGUGAGAGCUGGGAGUGGGGCUCCCGGGUCCCCUCCCGGACCUGUCCCCGUGCAGUGGUGGUGGGAGGGGAUCUGGCAGUUCUCAGCUCCAUAGGGGUAGGUUCGGUCGGGGUGUUGCGUUCAGCCCCUGCAGCCGGCUCCUUGCUGCGUGCUGUGACAUCCCCUGGUGCCUCCCGGGGAUUCACACCGAUGGCACUGCGAUGCUGGCUGGUUUCUGAGUGCUGCUUUCUGGCCCGUGCUGACGUGUAUCCAGCCACAGCGUCACCAGGAUGGGAUGCCCAGGGGAACCGAGCAGCAGGGAUGGAUGAGGUGCAAGGGGAUAAGGGGAUCUGCUGGGGGCUGCCCCCCUCGCGGGGACAUCGCUGGCAUUAACAGGCAGGAGGGCUUAGUUUGGAGGGCAUGGCCCUAAUUUGGGGGAGCAGGGGUGAGGUUACUGCAUAUCAGUCCCUGGGGGGCUCAGCUCCUUCCCGUGGGUCUCCCAGUGGAGACAUUUGAGGGCACUGGGCGGUCUGACUGUGCCUGGCUGGAGCACACCCACACAUCUUUACCCAUCCCUAGGGGAGCCGGAGCCAUCAUUUCCAUCAGGUCCCUUCUUCUUCACUUCCUCCCCCAUUAAUAAGAGAUGAAGCUUAUGAGAUAAUAGAGGCUGGAUGGAUGCAGAGCUGACAUCCCGCCGGUGUGUGAGGUAGAUGUGCUGUGGAGAAGGAACUGCAGCUGGGAAAAUGGGACUCGGGAAGGGAGGUGAUUGCCAGUCUGCAUCUCCGGCUGGCUCUGGGAGCCGGGAAAUCCCGCUGCCGCCACACGCCUGACUCUUCCUGGCUCUGACACACCGUGAAACCAGCGGCUCGCUGCAAGGCUGAGCUGAGCGAGCAGCUCCGAGUCCAGGCAGUCCGGGAGCCCGGCUCCUCUUCCUCCCAUCCUCACACCCAUGAGCCUCAUCUCCUCCCCUGUAUGGAGGUGGUACCCAGGGAUGCAGGAUGCUCACAGCACUGGAUGGCUGGUACCCAGGGAUGCAGGAUGCUCGUGGCGUCGUAUGGCUGGUACCCAGGGAUGCAGGAUGCUCACAGCACCUGACAGCUGGUAGCCGGGGAUGCAGGAUGCUCACAGCACUGAACAGCUGGUACCCGGAAUGUGGGAUGCUCACGGUGCUGGGUGACUGAUGCUGGGAGAUGCAGGAUGCUCGUGGUGUCGGAAAGCUGGUACCUGGGGACGCAGGAUGCUCACAGCACUGGGUGGUUGAUGCUGGGAGAUGCAGGGUGCUCCCAGCACUGGACGGCCGAAGCAGGUGGUCGGUGCCCAGGAAUGCAGGACGCUCACAACAUUGGAUAGAAGGAGCAGAGGAUGCAGGGUGCUCUCCGUGUCAGCUCCCCUCAGGAAGGAGCAUCCUUCCCUGCUCUUGGAGAGAGGCGGCCCUGGGAUGCAGCAGUGCCUCAUUGGUCAGCGGGACCUGUGGAGUCUGCGGGUUGCCAUACCAACCUGCCUCUGGCUCCCGGGGAGCUGGGGCGUGAAGUGCCGGGUCGAGCUGGUGCCAAGGGGCGGACCGGCAGACAGGGGCAACCCGGGGCUCUGCAUCCACCCAGCUGUCCUGGAGAGCUGGCUGGCACCGCUGGGCUCCCUGACCCCCAGCACCCCUCGGCAGCACUCUGUGCUUCACUGCAUGGAGCAGGCAGCGGGCUGGCACGGCACGGUAGGCUCACCCGGGCGUCUUACCGACUGACCUGCAGCGGGUGGCGAGCUUCGGUCCCCCUAAGCCUGGAGAGAGGUGGCAGCUCGGCUCAUAGCCGCUCCUCCCGGGAUCAUCCCAGCGCCAAACUUCCCGGCUGCCUGCCUGCCUGCCUGCCUGCGAGCGGGGCCUGGAGGCUGCCGCGCUGCACUGCCCUCCCCAUAGAGCUGCUCCUGCCGCCGAUGCCCACGGGCUCGCUGCAGGAGAGGAAGGCUCUGUCCUGCCCUGGGCAGCGCUCGGGGGCUUUGCACCGGCUUUGUGCCUGGGUCCCUCCCCAGUGCCGUGAGCCGGAGCCAUGAGCCACUGCCAGCAGCGCUGCAAGAGGCAGCUGGGCCGGGUGAUCCGCUUCUUCUACCAGUUUGUCACCGGGACCCUCUCGCAAGGUAGGUGCUGCCCUGGGGGUGUGGGGCUGUGCUGGGUGGGAGUUUGUGUGAGGCGGUGUCUGCGGAGUUAUUUGGGGCAGGGAUGCUGAGCAGCGCUUAGAGAUCCAGCCCUGGGUGGAGGGGUUGUGUAUGAGGUGAGGCUGAAGAUGCUCACAGGGCAGAGCCCCCCUUCCCACCCCAUGUCUGGAUAGGGCCAGCAGGGAUGUCACCAUGUUCUGGGGCCGUGGGGUGGUGGCAGUCCCCAGCAUGGCACAGAGACCCAGGUGGCGCGGGGAGGGACGUGCCAUGCUGGGAGUGUGGGGAAGCCUUGCUGGGCCAGUGCGGCCACGUCACUGCUUGCAGUGGGGCUGGCACUCGCCGUGGGAUGGCAAAGCGCCGCCUUCACCGGGACCCAGCCUGCCUGGAAAACCAUGCUGGGCUCUGUACCCUCCUCAUACGGGGCACGGGGAAGGUGGGGGUACCCUCUGUGUAGCCUUGGGAUUGGUGGCAUGGCUGUGCGGACACGGAAGCGGUGUGUCCCCUGCAAGCCGUGCUACCCCUCAUCCGCGUGGUCCUGUGCCCCACAGUGAGGGAAGUGUUCCCCAUCGCUUCCCAGCCCCAGGGGCCACCACGGCAGUGGAGUGCUGCAUGAGCCCUUCGUCACUCUUGGACACCACUGGGACCGUCCCCAUCUCCAUCAGCUCCACGGGGUGGAGGAUGAGUCAGCUGAGUGGGGCGUGAGCGCAGAGCUGCAGGUGGCGGGGCAGGGUAGGGACAGGACCUUGUGGUCCCACAGUCGGUGAGGAUGUCCUUCAGGUCCUCAUCCUGCUGCCCUGCUGGGCUGAUCUAUAGUGGGUGUCCCAUCCAGGCGGUGCCAAGCAGCCCCAGGAUUUGUUUGACCACGCGGGGUGGCCGUGAUGUUUGGGAUCCUUCUGCGCUGGGAAACAGCCAAAGUGAUGGGAGACGUAGAUCUGGGCAGGGCUCUGCCUCCUGAAGGCUUCGGGCUGGGAUGUGGGGUUGGCACAGCCUUCUGCCCCUCAUGCCAUCCCCUCCUCCCCAGCCACUGCUUUGGUCUGUGUGGCACAUGGGUGCUGUGCCCUGCAACUUCUGUCCCUUUUUUGGGGAACUAGCCCCUCUGCACAGUGUAAGGAGCUCAGUGCAGAUGGCAUCGCAUGCCUGGGCACAGGGACCCCAGGGUGGGUGCCCUCUGGGGUGGGUGCCCAAGGGAGCUCACCAAGGACAGGUCACCAAUGGAGUGAAAAGAGAAAUGACUCAAUCAAUUAACCAGAUUAAAACUGUGACUUCACCUCCCCAAAAAUAGCAUUUCGCCAAUAUUUUAAUGUGCUUAUUAAUAAUCUGCUUGCGCUCUGAUUAGCAGCGAGGUAAUAAGGGAUCAGCUGUAACCUAAAUUUAACACUCCCUAAUGGAUGAUGGCCCCGAGAACCAAAAAAAAAAAAAAAAAAAGAGAGGCUCCAAUCCAUCAGGCUGGGCCCCCAGGGGACUCAGCAGCACCCUGGGCAGAUGUCAUCGGCUGUGCACCCAACUGGUCCCAUGGUGCAUCCUGGGGGCAGCCAGAGCCUGCUGCACCCCCGCACCCCGUGCUCCUUGCCCCGUGCUGGGCGGCCAUGUACCCUCGUGCAGGAGCUGAGCCCUGCUUUGGCCCACAGUGCUGGGGUCACUGGGAGCUGGCAGACUCAGGGCAGCCUGAAGGUGAUGCCAUGCAUGGAGAUGGCCACGCGUGUUGCGAGCCAUACCUGUGCUCAGCCCCCUGCUUUGCGUUCUGCCUGAUGGUGCCAGGCUCCCCCCGGGGCUGGCAGGGUUAUUUUUAACUGUUUGCCAUGUGCUGCCUGAGCACAAUUAAGGUAAUUGGUUUGGGAGCCUGGCUCUCACACGCCGCUCCCAAUUACCUGCCCGCCCGCCCGGCUCCCACCUCCCUGCCCGCCGUGGCCAGCUCCGUGGUGGGGGCUGCCAGGGCAGGGCUGCCCCAGAUAGCGGUGGGGUUGGUUUGGGGAUGGAGCCAUGGAGAGGACAACCCUGCACAACGACAGCCUGCUCUAUGCCUCCCUGAUUGCCAUCCUCCUCCUCAUCUCCUAUUGGUUCACCACCCGCUGCUUCAAAAUCAUCAGCGGCAUCGAAGGUACGGGGCUGGGGACGUGGGGGGACGGAGUGAUGCCAUUCUCUCUGCAGGCCAUGUGGUGGGUUACCUAGGCACUGGGUGCUUGGGGACGUCUCUCUGGGCACCUCAUUCUCCCCAGAUCUCCCUGUCUGUCCCUCCCAAUGCUGCUGUGCUGGGGCAGCGGUGCCAGCCGCAGUGGUGCCCGCUCCAGAUAUCAGCACUAUCCCAGCGUUUCCUAUUCCACCUCCAGAGUAGCUGGUGGGGUGCCCAGUGGAGAUGCCUCAUCCAGCAUUCUGGGGUUCUCGGUCCCUCCUGGGCUGUCUUAGCCCCUCCAGCACCUUGGAGCAGCUCUGAUCAUCUGUGUGUCCAGGGCCAUGCAGAGCCUGGGGCAUGAGUUUCUCCAUCCACUUAUGCGACCUCUGCCUGCACGGGGCCUGCGGGCUCAUCCUGUGAUGUGGCCAUACGCUGGCAGUGAUGCUUCUCAGUGGGCUCUGUCCCACUUCUGGCGGGGCGUGUUGGGUCUGGAUCUCCCUUGCACCCUUUGCAGGCUGUGGGUCUGGCUCCAUGGGUCAUCCCAUGCGUCCCUUCCAUCCUCAGGGCAGCUGGAGCUGGAGGAGCAUUGCAGAGAGUCAGCCUUCCUUGCUGGGACAUGUCUUAGCUGGAGGGGCCCCUCUGGGGGUGCCGGGGCUGUUUUUGAACAGAAUUAGGUUGCUGAAAUAGCCUGGUAGCACACAGGACAGCCGUCAGCUGUGGGAGCAGUCAGGUUAGAGAGAGGGUGGGCUCAGCAAGAGCAGUUGGCUUUGGGGGAAACUUCCUUUGAACAUGCAACAGGCUGGUGUCACCUUGUUCCCAAAGGAGUCACUCAGGGCAGGGGUAAGGUUGAAAGCUGGCCCCAGUGCUUCCAGCCUCAGUGCCUGGAAACUUGCUGCUUUCCAAGAAAAGGAAACAGCCCUGCAAACUUCCAGCCCAAUGGAUGCUUCCCUGGGGAGGGUUUCCAUUGCUCUCCUGGAGCCACUCCUGAUGCCUCCCUUGCAUCUUCAGCUGGAGGCCCUGGAGCUGGAGGAGAUGCUGAGCACAGGGCUGCCAGGUGGACCUGCCAUGCUGCCAGCAGGCACUAGGCCACCUGCCAGGGGACAAACCUGCAGCUGGGAAUGGGGUCUGGGGGUUAGGUGUGGGGUAGCCCUGCUGGGAGGCACCAGCACCUCCACCAUCCCCUUCCCCCAGCAGGUGCCGCCCAGCGUGAUGUGCCUUCCCAUGGUGAUGUGUUUCCCCUAUGCUGGAUAAAGAGCUUUGUUCCCCAGCCCCAUCUGCAGGGACCCUACAGCUGGGCAAGGGCUGCCCUGUACCCUGGGCAUUGCCACCCCACCUGGCUCUGCAGCACGGGGUGCAGCUGCGUUUCCUGCUUCCCCCACUGGUGCUGGGAGUGCUCUUGCUCCAUCCCCCCACGUGGGACUGGGACACCCUUGGAGCAAGGGCUGGGAUGCUGUAAAAAAUGCAUGGAGCUAAAUAUAGCCCUGGCAGCUGCGCAGGCUGCGUGCUGGAGGUGCCCGCACGCCCGCUGCUGCCUGACCUUGGCUGGGUCCCCUGGGCUCCCCGUUUGGGGUACACCCUCCCACCACCCUGUGCUUUAAGGAUACUGGUCCCAUGGCUCAGCAGCUGGACCAGCACCAUGCCACUGGUGACACCCAGCCAUGAGAACAGACCAUCCCCAUUGGGUUUUGGGGACCUAAAGGCACCCCUUGGGGUUCAGGGCCAGGUGGGUCUCUGUGGGGUGGGUAUGUAUAUGGGGUGCUGAGGACAAGUCUGAGUCAUCCAUGUCCUGGAUGUGUUGGCAGUGCCCAGUGUCCUGUCCCCAUCAUGUCCCCCCUGGGAGCUGAGUGCCUUUUAAUAAUCUGUGGCCCGUUUCCUUAGCAACUGCAUUAAGCAAAUUGAUGGCAGUGGUGUCAUUGGAAUGGGAGGGCAUGCCUCCUGCCCCCCCCCACCAUGCCCCGCCACCCCCCCCAUGUGGCCUUGCUCUGCUCUUAUUCACAGGCACAGCCCUUCUUUGCCGGGGCUGAUGGCUGCUGGCUCCUGUGACAGCCACACGCUGACCCCUCGCUCGCACGUGGCCCCAAAUAGCACAGGGACAGCCGAUCCCUUUGGGACAUCAGGGGUCCCUGGGGAUGCGUAGCCCAGCAGCUGUGGCAUUGGGGUGAGAGGGCUUCAGGUGGGUGGGGGGCCAUGAGACACUCCCACCAUGAACCUGGAAGGCCUGGAGAUGGUCGCGGUGCUGGUGGUCUUGGUCCUCUUCGUCAAGGUGCUGGAGCAGUUCGGCCUCUUCGAGCCCAUGUCCUUGGAAGGUAACAGGAGUGGGAGGGGGCCAGCUGGUGGGUUCCCAGCUCACCAGGGUCACGGCCAUGCAGGGAGCCCCAGAGCUGCCCCCAAGGAUGCUCUUAGGAUGCUGGGAUGCGGUGUCUGUCUGCGGCUGGUAGGGGUGAGCAUGGGGAUAGGGCAUCCUGCCUGCUCCAUGCAGAGUCCUGGUGGCCAGGGAUGUGGGGAGGGGAUGGGACCCCAGUGUGGCACAGGGAUGGUGGAGUGUCUGUGUGAGAUUGGGGUGUGCUGGGGGCUCUGGGGUGCUCUGGGGCAGGGGAUGGCAGCACACAGCCCACCCACCUGAAGGAUGCUGUGGGUGCACCAUCAGGAGGUGACAGGCACUUUGCCUGGACCACGGCUCCAGAGUGUCUUGGGGCUGACCCAGAUCCUGACUUCCCCCUGUCCCUCUGUUUUUGUUGCCCUAAGCCUCAUACGGAAGCUGCUGGCACUGUGGUGUGCUGGCUCCAAGCUGCACUGGGGAGGGGAAAGCAGAGGGGAGCCCCUCAGUGUCAACCCCACUGGCAGGCACAGGGCACAGCAGGAGCCAGCCCUUGUCUGAGCCCUGUCCCCAGGGGCACAUUCUUGUCCCCAGCAAGAGACUCUGCAGCAGAUAGGGAUGGGGGUCCUGUGCCCACCCAUUCAGAGGGACAACAGCAUCCCCAUGAAGUCCUCGAUCUCAUGGUGUCACCAUGAAGUUUGGAUGGGCUGUUCCUCUCUAUCCAUGUCACCACAUUGGGAACUGCAUGUCCCCUUGACUGGGGGCACCAGGGAGCACGUGGGUUUGCCCCAGCUGUAGGGACAGGAGUGGGACCAGGUGCCCUGGAUUAGCUCCCAUCCCCACAGGGGUGAGCGGAGGAGAGGGAAACACCUGGCUGGAGAGGCUGGGUCCUGGUACCAUGCCCUGAGUGCUGCAUGUGUCUCCCAGCGGCUUUGUCACCCCUUGGGCUCUGGAGGUGGAAGGUAGGACGCUUUGCCUACUGCGGAUGGCCCCAGAUGGUGUUCAGGAUGGGGAAGUGUCUAGUGCCCUGCCUGCCUGUUGUUUACCAGCUGCACCCAGUGACAGCCUGUGGACUGCAAAGAGCCUGAAAUUGUGCACUAAUGGUUUGGGUCUGCUAAUGGAUGGCACUCCAGAGCCACCGUGGCGGCUGCACUUCCCCGUCAUGCGGUGCUGGAGCCACAGCCGGUCCCCUCUGCCCCAUCCCUGUGGCCAUGCUGUUGUCAUCCCAGGGGUGACGCUGGAUCUGGUGUCAUUUUCCAGCCAGUUAAUCACUGCCAAGCGCUGUCACCCUGCUGUGCCCUGUGCCACCACCUGACCUGUGCCUGUCCCCAACCCCUGCCAUGAGCCCGCCAUGGCCAAGUCCUCGGGAGGGGACAGGCAAAGAAAAACACUGUUGGUUUUGGCUGCUGAAGUGCAGUAUCAAUAAUUAAUUGAGAAGCAAUCAGCCCUGGCUGGGAGCAGGGCUGGGCAGGCAGAUAGAGGGCUGGGAGAGCCACCCACGUAACUGAGCCGUGGAUGAAUAUGAGAUGGAGCUGCAGAUCGUGAGUGAUGGGAUAAUGAGUGCCAGGCCCCAUCUGUGGGGUGAGUGGAAGGGAUCAUAUUGCUGAGCUCCUGGGGUGUGCUGGGUGGGUGCUGCCAGAGAUGUGGGGAUGGAAGGCACUUCCCAGUGGGGCAAGCAUCCCUGCGGGGUGAGGAGGAGGCAGAGUGGAGGACCUGGCCCUGCAUCCCAACUCCACUGUCUGCAACUCCCAGCACUGACCGGCCCCGAGGACCACGGCGCGCACCCCUCUGACUUGGCGCAGUGUCACGUCCCGCUCAGCCCAGUCAGACAUAAUUAGCUUGUUGAAUCUCUUCUCCCUCCGGCCUCACAUUAAUCACUUCUCACAUUGCUUCCCUCCCAACUCCCUCCGGCUGGGCUCUCGCCUCCUGUCACUGAUGUGCCCAAUGAGGGGUCCCUGAACUGCUGCAUCCCGCGCUCUCCCCUCUCCUGCCUUGCUGGGUCUGGUGCUGCAGCUGAGGGAUGUCAGUCCCUGCUGCACUCUGGGACCUGCAGGGGCUGCAGACAGUGGGCAUCAUCCUGCUGCUCUGCUCCAGCUUCAAGCUGCUCCAUGCCCUGGGCAUCAUCAACCUGACCUGGAGAGACAGUGUCGAGGAUGAGUUUGAGCUCUCCACCGUCUGCCAUCGCCCCGAGGGGCUGGAACAGCUCCAGGAGCAAACCAAGUUCACCCGCAAAGAGCUGCAGGUCCUGUACCGGGGCUUCAAGAAUGAGUGCCCGAGUGGCAUCGUUAAUGAAGAAAACUUCAAGCAGAUCUACUCGCAGUUCUUCCCACAAGGAGACUCCAGCACGUAUGCCACCUUCCUCUUCAAUGCCUUUGACACCGACCAUGAUGGCUCCGUCAGCUUUGAGGACUUUGUGUCCGGGCUGUCCAUCAUCCUGCGAGGCACCAUUGACGACCGCCUGAACUGGGCCUUCAAUCUCUACGACCUGAACAAAGACGGCUGCAUCACCAAAGAGGAAAUGCUGGACAUCAUGAAAUCCAUCUAUGACAUGAUGGGCAAGUACACCUACCCGGCCAUGAGGGAGGAAGCACCCCGGGAGCACGUGGAGAACUUCUUCCAGAAAAUGGACCGAAACAAAGACGGUGUGGUGACAAUCGAGGAGUUCCUGGAGUCCUGCCAGAAGGAUGAGAACAUCAUGCGGUCCAUGCAGCUCUUCGACAACGUGAUUUAGCUGUCUCCAGCUGAGCUCUCCUGUCACCGGACCCAGAUCCUGCUCCUCUCUCGACUUCUCCUUCCAGCCCUUCCUGCUGCCGGCUGCCACAGAGAGACAUGGUUGGCACCUGGAUGUUCCCUUCCCCCGGGGCCGACCCUGCUUUCCUUGGGGGGCUCCACAAAAGUGCCACCAGAGUGUGGGCACAGCUGGCAAAGGGCAUCUGGCCUAGGUGGGCUUCUUGCACCCGAUUCCAGAGGGAAAGCCGCAGCCUUGGGCUGCCAUAGGGGCUUCCCCAUGCCCCCACAUCGUGACCCCCUCAGCAGCCCCAGCACCGGCUCCAGCCCAAACCCUCCAGCAACACUUCUAGGAACUAAGAGUCUUGCAGCAGGCACCAUCGCCUCGGCUUCCUCCCGUGCCCUGACAUGGGAACAUGCCCCCUACAUGAGACAUGAACCACUUGUCCCCCUCCUCACUCAGGGUGCUGGGCUCUCUCUGUUUGUCACCAACAGCUGCCAGGAGCUGGGUGUGCACUCCUGAUCCACCAAUGUAUCCUUCCAAGUCCUGUCUGGGGGCUAAUGUCUCCAAACAAACCCCACUGUGCAGCCCCACCGGCUUCAGGUCCUAGUCCGUAGCCUGGCCCAGCUGUUCCCAGCACUGUGUCCUGAGGGGCAGCAGUGGCUGGGAUUGAUGGGGAAGGGGUGAACAAGGCUGUGCCCCACAUCAGGUUGAGCCCCUGGUGUCAGAGCCGUUCGGACCCCCCUCUGUGGGGCCCUGAGCCUCAGCUGUGGGGCAGCCCCUACUGGGCCUACUCAAGGCCUGGCCUGUGCAGACGUGAUGUGUUUUUUAGGUCCGUCCACCACAUUGUUCAUCUCACAGCCCUGCUCCUGGGUGGGAAGGCAGGUACCCAACCCCAACCGCUCGUGUCCCACCCCAGGGCAACCACUGCCCCCCGCACGCAGAGCGGAGGCCUCCUCCCUCCCUCACGCUGCAGUCGCAUGGCGUGACCCCCGCCCCAGGGUAUGGUGACCCACAACCUGCUUGGCAUCUCCAGUCUGUACAUUUUGUAUUAUAAAGAUAAUAUGGGUUAAAAAAAAAAAGGGAAAAAAAAAAGAAAAA